UCGUGCAGUUUAUAAUGUUUCCAAAACUCUCUGACAAUUAUGUGGUUCGCAAAAAAUACCAAAAAAUCUACCUACUAAGCCAAAAGGCUUCACCACCUCCUCCUGGAAGUGAAGUAUACGUCGGGAACCUCUGUAGUGUCAUAUCAGACGAUGAGCUCGUCUUCAUCUUCUCUCAAGUGGGCCCUCUUUAUAGACUCCAGCGAAUGAUAAAUAACUACGACAGUAAGAAACACUUUGCAUUUAUCAGUUAUCACAAUGAAGAAGACGCUAACAAAGCAGCUUUGUAUUUACACAAAUUUUCCAUAAGAAGGGAUGUAAAAAUAAAUGUUUUCAUGUCGAUGAAUAACUGCCAACUUUACUUCGGAAACAUUCCAAGAAAAAUGACUAGAGAAGACAUCAUGCUUAAAUUAACGCAUUUCAUCAAUGGAAUCGUCAAAGUGUUAGUUUUCCCCACAGCUUUCAAUCCUUCAAUAAAUCGAGGAUAUGCCUUUGUGGAGUUCAUGUCUCAUUCUUUGGCCGCCAUCGUCAAAAGGGAUCUAGGUAAGGAGCUAUUUUGGGAUGGAAGACAAAUAGUAGUGGAGUGGGUUUACCAAGAGCCAUUCGUGCCUCCCUUCAUAUUUCUACAGAUAAAAAUCCUCAUGUUUAGGAAUGUCCCUAUCGAAUGUUCACAGAGCGUUUUCAGGAAAUUUAUCUACAACCGUCUCCACACCGCCACCAUCCAAAGGAUUUACAAAAAACAUAGCUAUGCGUUCGUCCACUUCCAAUCAAGAGAAGCGGCGGAAAUAGCUAUCAAAAAAUUGCGGUCAGAAGAUCUAAGAAUCUACAAUAGAGAAAUUAAAGUGGAAUGGGCCAGGCCGCCCCUGUACAGGCAGAAAAGAAAAGUCCCGAAUAAUUUUUCCAAGUUUUCAUCUCCAGGAGUUCAUAAAACUGGCAAUAAGAACAAAAGAAAGAGUGACAAGAAGAAGCCAUUCAAUUCGAGUGCCGAAAACAAGCCGAUUUGAGACCGAUCAGUAAAAGUGACGAGUUUCUCUGAAAUGGUUUGAGAACUUCCUUUUUCUGCCAGUUUCAAAGAUUUAAACAUUUUUGUGUAGAAUUAUAGUACGUAAAUUCGAAUUAUGUACAUAAUUAUUACCUAUUUUACUUAUAA